CGUCUUUGUUAGGUAGCCGCGCAGCGGCUCAGGUGUUGGUUUCCCUCUUGCUUCCCCUUCGGUUGCGAUGAGGCCUUCUCAGAUAAUAAAUAGCUUCUGUAGCUCUUACUCGGAACGGCCAUGGGAAUUCGCCGCCAUUAGUAGCGAGGUCAGAACUAGUCAGUUAACGAAGAAGCAAACAAGCAAAACAGAUACUAUUUUCUGUCCCCAAUGGAGGGUUCAAGAGGCUUGGUGUUGGAGAAUCCUUUCAGUUUCAAAGUGGGCCAGGUUUUCACAGGCUUCGGCGUUGGCUGCGGGAUUGGUAUCGGAGUUGGGCGUCCCAUAAACUUAGGUGGAAUUCCAAUGGUUGGCCAAGUAAUGAGCGCCACGAGGGGUGCAACUGAUGCCGUUUCUGGCGUUGGUGUUCAUGUGAACAGCGCUUUGAGAAGGUUGGGAAUGAAGAACAUUGAAGCUGGCGUGGGCUGUGGAGUUGGCAUUGGUCAUGGUUUUGGUGUUGGCAUUGCUUUGAAGCCUGGAGUGAUCAAUCAGAUUCAAUCUCGUUUUGAGCAAAUGAUUGCUAAGAUGAUGAAGAGUGCAGGAGGUAUUCCUGGAUUUUCUGCGGGCCAAAACCUUGCCUCACAAGCAUUGCAGAGCAAUAUGGGUUAUCUAGGAGGUCAAACUCGAAGCGGAAAUGUCUUACAGAUGGUUUCUGGAGCUGCAGAAAAUGUAGAACAAAGUUCAGUUGGCCAGACAGGCAAUCUCUCCAAAGCUUCUCUUGGUGGUCACAUUAGCAAAGUCAUCAGCAAUUAUCAAGAUAAUUCUUCUUUUCAAGAUGAGAUAGGCAAUCUAUCGAAAGCUUCUCUUGGUGGUAAUACUAGCAAAGUCGUCAGCAAUUAUCAAGAUAAUUCUCUUUUCCAAGAUGAUAAGGAAUUGCCGCUCAAUGAAUUGGCAAGUAAAUUACAGUUAGAGAACAAUGCCUUUCAAGUGUUAUUGAAGCACCAAAGACUCAUUGAAGAACUCACUGAAGAGAAUGAGAAGCUGCGCCAAGUUCUGAUCCAAGAGCUUAAUAUUUCACCAGAAAAGUUCCAGGGAAGCAAAAAUAGAGCAGUGGAACUUCAUACCACCUGUAACAACUGCUUUGAAUGCCGGAGACGACGGCGGAGGUCCAGCAGAUGAAACAAAGUGUAUGAUAAUAUGAGGUUUUGUCUUUUUCAGAUAGAAGAUCAACCAUCAAAGCACCAUGCUACCGUUUUUGUUUUAUUAUACAAAAAAAUUUUGGUAUUUCAGUCUAAGUUGUACUCUAUAUUCCUCUUGUUUUGGUAUGGCCUUCAAGGAUCAAUGAGGUCUUGAAAAUGUAUUAUAAGAAAGGUUGCUCGGUUUGAUGCCGUUCAUGUAGAAAAUGUCCAACUGAACCUCCGUUGUGGCUUCCAAGGAUCAGCAGCAUCUUCCUGCUGUUGUGUAAGAAAGAUAAUUCAAAGGACCGUUGCCUUCAUGUGUCA